CUAGGUGCAUGUAUAUGUAGGCCCUAUCAGUGUCAACGACGGAGGUCGUGAGAUCAAUACCAGAUCUCGGCAUUCAUUUCUUUAUAUUUACUUCUUUUUUAAAUUUUAUAUAUAUAUAUAUUUUUCUUUAUUUAUUCACUGUUUGUGUGUUUAACGGAGGAAGGGAACUGGAUAGCGAGGGGACAACCACCAACCUUUGGCAUGUCACGGACAAACAUUCCCACAUAUUACAAACAGAUAUGCACACCACAUGGGUGGAAGGGAAGUGAUCUUCAUGGAAUGUUAGAUUACGCAAAUGGUCACACAAGGGUCAACGACUGCUUAUUGUCACCGGUGCGCCCCACCCUCAGAAGAAAAUGGAUGGGUUUUUUUUUGGGGGGGGGGGGGGAAUCUACAAAUUCCCUGUGCGAGGUAAUUUGUUUAUAGUAUGCAAAGUGCAUGUGUAUAGAUGUAAACAAAUAGCAGUUUACUGGGUGUUUUUUUAUUGUCAAUCUUGUUUGUCUUUUGUUCAACACUGUUUAUUGAAAUCAUAGGAAGAAGACAAGUGUAACAGUGUGAGACACUAAGAACAUCAGAAAGUGGUAGAACAGGGAGAUGGAGUUUGCUGGUCAGUUUGUAUAUAUAGGGCCGGUGGAGGAGGAAGAGGUGGAGAUAACGGAGCAGGUCAGCAGCCUGGCCAGUCGCUUCCGAACCCAGGAGCAGGACGACGGCAAGACAUGUAUGCUGGACAUCUGUGACACGGCAGGUCAGGAGGAGUACUCUGCCUUCAGGGAGCAGUACACCAUGGCAGGGGACGGCUUCUUGAUCGUGUAUGACAUCACCAACUCUAGCUCUCUCCAUGAGGCUAUGACAAUCUGUGAAUGGACAAAGGCUGUGCGUGAUGAAGAAACUGUGCCAGCUAUUUUAUGCGCCAACAAGACAGAUUUAGAAGAUAAGAGAGAAAUUACCAGACAAGAGGGUGAGAAAGCAGCCAAAGCCUUGGGUGUUGAGGUAAUAGAGACAUCGGCCAAGAGUGGGUACAACAUACAGGAGGCAUUUGUAGCUCUUGUAAGAAAGAUUCCAAGAAAUGGAGUGUCAUAUAAGAUUGUGGUAUUGGGAACAGGAGGAGUGGGCAAGUCUGCCAUUACCAUUCGCUUUGUUCAGGACACCUUUGUGCAAUCCUAUGACCCUACCAUUGAAGACUCAUAUCGAAAAAUGAUAACUGUCUCUGGAUUACAGCCAGUGGCAUCAGGAUCUUCACUUUCAUCAUCAACAUCAUCAUCAUCUCACCGACCAGGAAAGAAAGAUGGGUUUUUCAAUAGUUUAAAAAAGCGUCUAAGCUUUAAAAAACGAAAGGCCACAUCUGUAAAAGCCAGCUCAAAAAAGCACAGACUGCAGUCAGUAAGGCAAGAGAAGGUGCCUAAAGCAGACACCAACUUUAUCAUGGUAUCCUUGGGGAAGUUGUCCCAAAGCCCUCAGCUGGUGACUGGUGAUCCAGUGUACUGUGAGAAAUGUCCUGCAGUUCUGACCAGGCAGGCCAGCCACAACAGGGAGAAUUUCAGCAGGGUUGGAGGGAAAACCCUGUGGGUCUGUGACUUUUGCAAUCACCACAAUAAAGAUCUGAGUCUGACAGAAGGAGAAAUCCCAGAAGGCCCCUCCUUUGACUUCAUGUUGUCCCCUGCCCCAGUAGAAAAUACCAUUAAGGACCUCCAGUCCUCGGACGGCAUUGUGGUGUUCUGUAUAGACAUCAGUGGCUCGAUGGACACAAAUGCACAAAUCCCCAAAUUUCAAGCAAUGUGGAGGAAAAUGAGAGAUGGCUUCUCUCCAGAUGCAGACAAAGAUUGGACUAAAACCAGACUGGAAUGCAUCAAGGAAGCUGUCACCAGACAACUGGAAUCUCUUCAAGUUGAAAACCCUAAGAAGAGGGUAGUACUGGUGACCUUUGGCUCAGAAGUUCACGUUCAUGGCGACGGAUCAUCAGAGUAUCAGGAGAAAGUAAUACUGGGAGAAAUCCCGUACAACACUCUUAUGGAUGAAGGGAAGGCCUUGUAUGAGAAACUGAAUCUCAGACCUCUUUCACAGUCAUUAAGUGACCUAACCUCCAGAGUGGAGAGCCUUAGGACCUCAGGUUGUACUGCUUUAGGCCCAGCCUUAACGGUCUGUAUCGGUAUAACAUCAAAGGUUCCCGUCUCAGAAAUCAUUCUGUGUACUGACGGAGCGCCAAAUGUUGGAGUAGGGGGUGACACUAGUGCCAGAGACAACUUCUAUGCUCAGGUGGGAAAGGUAGCAUUUGAGAACAAGACAGUGGUGUCACUGCUGGCUGUGGAGGGGGAACCUGUAGGCCUUGAGUAUGUGGGCAAGGUGACAGUCAUUACAAAAGGUACCAUUAACAUUGUGUCCCCUCUGGAGAUGACUAGGCAGAUUCGUCAAAUCUCUCAGAAUCCUGUUGUGGCUACUGCUGUUGAUGUCAGAGUGUUACUUCACCCAUCAUUGGUAUUUGAGGAAAAAGACAGUCCAAAGGGAAACAGUACUAUUAUCAAAGAAGUAGGAACUGCUUGUCAAGACACAGAUCUCACAUUCAAAUAUGGACCAAAGGACAGAAACAGGCUUGAAAAACAAGGAUCAUUGCCAUUCCAGGUUCAGAUUACUUACACUAUGCUGGAUGGCAUGAGAUGUUUAAGAGUAAUGACAACACCUGGAAGUUACCAAGAGAGAGAGAAAAGUGAACAGGGUGUGAAUGUGGCUGUGCUGGGACUUGGAGCAGUGCAGAGGUCAGCUGUUAUAGCAGAUAAAGGCAACAUCGCUGAAGCUAGAGGAUUUCUGCACUCUGUGGAGAGGUUGAUGAAGCGUGGAGCAAAGACACCAGCUCAGCAAGAGGAACAUUUCUCUUUUGUAUCUGAGGCAGAAGUCCUGGAUAAACAGCUCAAGGAACUGGGGGAUACACAGGAGCUGAAUGCCAGACAGAAUGACCUGGCUAGUAACAUAUGCCAGAGAAAUGCUACCAGUAACCUUAAACAGUUCAUGGGGGGUUCCAGUAAGAAACACGCUGUUCUUCAGAGAAUGGACUUUGAUGAGAAUCUGAGGGAGAAUUAUUAUGGCUACCAGUGUUAGACUCAGUAAGUGCAUGGAGGAAACUUGCAAGCUUAGCCUAGCUCUUAUCAGGUACAUGGACAUGUAUACUUUAGCGUUAGCUGGGAAAUUUUCUGUAAUUGUUGUCAGUGGUACAGGUAAAUGGUAUAUACUCCUGAGUAUACAUGUAAAUUAGUUUAUAUGAUGGUCACAUAUUAAUCUGAUUUCAUUCAUAAAAUAUGAAUAGAACAAAUUACAUGUACGUGCACUUUGUUAUCUUUUAGAAUUCCCUUAAUCUGACUGAACAUUACUGGAAAUCUUAUUUUUCUGAUGUGUGUAAAGUUACAAAUGUGGUUGACAUUUUGAAAAUAUGUCAAAAAGACAGUAUGGCUGAUGUUUUAUAUCUGUAUAUUUUGAUAUUUAUUUUUUUAAUUUGAACAAGGUCAUUGUUUAUGUUUUAAGCCUGAUAUUACAUUUAUGUACAUGAAAGUCCCACAAUGAGGAUAGCACUGUUCUUCAUCAAAUAAAAUGUAUUUAUUUAUUUUUUUUUUUGAAUAAGCUCAUUAUUUUUAAGACUGGUAUGUUUUAUGUACACACAAGGCCUUUUUAACUGCAGUGAGAAUACAUGUAGUCAGUGUAAAAAACCGAGCAGAUACCUGGCUGUGCAGUUAUAGCCUUGUGUAGCUGAUAAAUAAGACAGCUGUUUUAAGUGGCACUCUAUGAAUUAGGCACACACUUAUGCACAAAAGAUGAAGAUUAAUUGUUGUUUAGUUAAACGCUUAUUGUGGGCUAUGCUGUAGUGGUGUAUUACUGCUUAUAAAGGCAUUAUCGGGACAGUUUAUUUAUUUUAUGUUUGACCGGUUGAGGGAAGGGGUAUGAAGUUGACCACUCACAGAUAUAAUCUAAUAAGAAACAAUCACAACCACAACAACUGUUUAGGAGCCAAAGGUGCAUUUAAUUCAUUUGCUUUAAGGCUGAAGUGAUGAAAUUUGGUUCAAGAUUUCUGAUGAGGACCUUUAAUAACUGAAAGGAUUUUGGUGUCUAUUGGUUUGUCUGCUUUUGCAGUGAUAUAGACAUUCAGACCUACAUUUACUUAUUCAACAUUGUGGCAGAUAAUAAUCUUGUCCAUGUGAUAUUUCAAGAAUUCCUGGGCCAGGUCUAAUGAAAUUUAGUUUAAAGUUUUAUUAGAUUGGAAGCACCUUUUGGUGUUAAGCGCCCAUCAACUUCAGUAAGCAAAGAUACAUCUUUACUCAGUUGUGAUGUGAAAUAGAACUGCCAAGGAUACCUUCGUGGCUACAUGUAUGUGCAAUUUGUAUGUUGUGUAUGGUACUUUGAGGCUCUUCUCAUCUUUCCCCCAGAAUCUGAGAUAAAAUGAAUGCCAGCCAGAGCUUUUCGUUAUUUGCAGACGAUUGUGGAAAUUUUCGCCUUUUCUUGCAGCUACAUCUACAAUGUAGGAGAUGUACUAUUUUUAAUAGUAUUUGUACUUCUUUGCAUGUAACAUUUUACAUUUAUAUCUGCUGAUCGUAAAUAAUACUUUGUUUACAACAAAAUGUUUUUGCUUUUUUCCCUGCAUCUUAAUAAUGACUAUUUCAUUCACUCAGAAUUUACGGAAACUGCUCAAGAUUUGGUUAAACAGGGUAAACAGUGUUAUUCAUCAUAAAUCGUUCUGCUACCUCUGUUCCAUAGGGUAUAGAAGUACUUCAUAUCAUUUUAAUAUUUCCUCUUGAUUUCUCUGGGGACUGAAGUAGCAUUAACCUAAACUGAAUAAAACCAUGACUGAACUGACAAGAGGCUGGAUCUCCUUGCUUACAUGUCACCAUUUUGCAAACUUCAUUUAUUUAUAUAUUUGACUGGUGUUUUAUGCCGU